AGCAUUGUUGCUGUUGGUUUUCUCCUGUUACUGUGAAUUUAUGAUGCUGGGUGAGUGGAAGUUUUAUCGCAUUGAAAUGAAAGAAGAAGUCGUUUUCAGGCCGUCUUAGCGGAUAAAAACUAAAGGAAAAAAAACAUGUCCAGUCACAAAAAUGACUGCACUCUGUACAGGCAUACUUCUAGUGGGAUCGAGACUAUCAACUCCUCGAUUCCUCGUGGCUGCCUCUCCUCAUUCUUCUCUCUCCCUUUCCUGUAACAACGCAUACCUUGUAAAGAGAUCACUUCACUAUUGCCACCAUCGCCUCCUCAAGAAACACUUGCCCUUAACAUCAUCGUCAUCGAUCAUGGCCCAGAUAGAAAGCUCCGCUGGGGUUUCUACAGCGCCAUCUUUUGAUGAUGGAGGGGAUAAUAUCACUGUUUUUCCUUUGUCUUCAUCGUCCGUUCUCAAAAUCAACAAAGGGGAUAUCACUAAGUGGUUCGUUGAUGGCUCCUCUGAUGCUAUUGUUAAUCCAGCAAAUGAGAAAAUGCUUGGAGGCGGAGGUGCAGAUGGAGCCAUACAUAGGGCUGCUGGACCAGAACUCCUAGAUGCAUGCUAUAGGGUCCCUGAAGUCCAACCUGGAGUUCGCUGCCCAACAGGAGAAGCAAGAAUUACUCUAGGUUUCAAAUUGCCUGCAUCUCAUGUGAUUCACACUGUUGGCCCUAUCUAUGACACUGAUAGAGGCCCUGCGUCCUCCCUGAAAAACGCGUACAGGAACAGCUUGACAGUGGCCAAGGAAAACAACAUCAAGUAUAUUGCAUUUCCUGCUAUAUCUUGUGGUGUUUAUGGAUAUCCUUAUGAGGAAGCUGCUGCAGUGGCUAUAUCCACUGUCAAAGAAUUUGCAGAUGACUUGAAAGAGGGAGUGUUAUGCAUGCCCACAAGGACUAGAGGCUGCCACUACAGAGAUGGAAGAGUUGAGACUAGUGGAGAUUAUGGCAAGCAAGGAAUCAGUGGAAGAAUCGAGGCCGUCACUACAGGGAUUACAUAUCCAAUGAAAGUUGGAAGACAAAGCCCCGAUUCUAAAAUGAGAGGCUUGAGAGACUACAUGAACUUAAACCAGUUAAAUUUAUGCAUGAAACAGUGACUGGAUGAAAUUCUUUGUGUAUUGCAGCAAAAUGGUGGAGAGAGAGAGAGAGAGACGCAAGUGAAAUCAAUAGUUUUUGUUCAGGACUAGAAGGAUUUUGUUCCAAGGUUAUGUGAUGAAGACAUUGAUGAUGAUGAUGAAAAAUGUUUGAGAAGGAGAAAGUCCUCAACUUCAAAUUUUAUUGCAAGUUCUGUUUCUUGCAGUCAACAAAACCUGAGGAAUGAUAGGAAUAAGGUUAAGUUAUAAAAUCUUCAAUGACAAAUCUGGAAUAAGAACUCCUCAUAUGUAUUACUAAAAGCAAUUGCGAGCCGAGGAAUCUGGAGAAUUUGGCAAUGGAGGAAGAGAAUGUGGAGAAUAUGGCAGUCGAGGAUCUGAAGCCCAAAAUAGAAAACUCAAGAAGCUAGCCUUGUCAACUUGGAAAAAAUCUCUAUGCUGUACCUGACAGAAAUUUCCAUUCGACAGAUACCAAAAUCCAAAGCUAAAAAUCUUUAUUUCAUCAAAGUGCAAGUGCAUGUUUAACUCACGGAUUUUUAUUUUUUUUUCAAUAGGAAAAAAGUUUCCUUCACAAUGAAGGAAAGGAA